AUGGUCUUCGAGGGCCUGAUGCCGUGGAACUGGGGCUCGGGGUCGGCGGCGGGCGCCGGAGAGCGGGGGGUGCGGAGAAGGCGUAAGGGGAGGGGAGCGAGGAGAGGGUCGACGGCGAGUGAGACGGGGACGAGCGGGACGGAUACGGACUCGGCGCUGGAGGGGUACUACCCUGGUCUGGUGAAUAUCUCGGGGACGUACUGCUACAUGAACUCGACGCUGCAGGCGCUCGCCUCCCUCUCGUAUCUCCGCCCCCACCUCGACCUCAUUGCUGCCAAGGCAGAGGCCCUUGAUGUCGCAACCCCCGUCGUGGACGCAUUGCGGGACUUGCUGACCCAACUCAACACCCCCCACAAACGCUACACCACUUUGAAGCCCAUGAACAUCAUCCAGGUCCUCGGCAAAGCCACCGCCGGUCGGCCUAAUUCCCUCCUCAACUCCCGCGAACACCAAGACGCGCAGGAGCUGUUCCAGAUCGUCUCCGAAUGCGUCAAGGACGAGAUCCAGGCCGUCGACAAGGAGCGCUACCGAGAUCGCGGGCUGGGUGGGCUCGCGCCGGUCCUGCCGCCAGAACUCGCGAAAGAGAUCGGCAAGAGCGUGUUCGACGGACUGACGGCGAAUCGGCGUAGUUGUGUCGUCUGUGGCUACACGGAGGCUGUCAUGCACUUUGGCUUCGAUAGCUGGCAGCUCGCGCUGCCUAUGCGCUCUGAUGGAUGUUUUCUCGAAGUACUGCUGGAAGACUACACGCGCCUCGAAGUUCUUCGGGACUGUGUUUGCCGGAAGUGCUCAUUGAGGGCGACGCACGCAAGACUGCAGCGCGAGCUCGAGGAACUGAAAGCGAGCGAAAAACCCAAGAAGAAGCGAUUAAAGGAAGCACAAAGACAGGAGGCGCUCGUCAGGACAGCGCUGGAAGAGGGCAGGAUCGAGGAUGACUUGCCCGAUGUCAAGCUGGACCGAGCCAUAAGCCAUGCGUCGACGAAGCAGGCUAUGGUAGCGCGACCACCUCCCGUGCUCGUCCUGCACAUGAACCGCUCCAUGCACUUCGGCUACGGCGGCGCUGCAAAAAAUCCCAUGCGCAUUGCCUUCCCCGAAAUGCUCGACCUCACCCCCUUCACCACCUCCGGCUCCCUUUCCCUUUCCCCCACCGAGCAAAUUUCCACCCCCGCCUCCACCGGCCCCUCCCGCGGCGCGACACCCACGCCCGCCUCGUAUGCCUCCGCACGCACGCUCUACCGCCUCGCUGCCGCUGUGUGCCACUAUGGCGCGCAUUCAUUCGGCCACUUUGUCUGUUACCGACGCAUACCGCUUGGUCGCGGGCCUCCUCAAGUGCGUAGUCUCGCAGUUGCAUCAACAGGCGAGGCGUCGCGCGAUGCGAGCGACUACGAGUGGGAGGGCGUGCCACCUGCUGCCCCACGAACCGGCAGGGGAUGGCUGAGGAUAUCGGACGACGCGGUGACGCCUUGUGGGAUCGAGGAUGUGCUCAUGGAGCAGCGGUCAGUCUUCAUGCUGUACUACGAGCGGGUGGUGCUGCCAAGGCCGCCGUACGCAGCGGGGGCAGGUGGGCGGAAUUACUCAGAAGAGACGCUGAAGCCAAAGGUGGUGGAAGCAGAGGCGGAGAAGGGCGAGCCGGUGGCCAACGGGCAUGCGGCAGUGGCAGCGGACGGCGAGGCGGAUGGGUUCGUGCAGGUGAAGGAGGUGAAGGCGAAGGAAGAGUUGGUGCCCGCCCGGCCAUUUGUGGGUCCGCGUAUUGUGCGAAGUGUGGCGGCGGGGAGGGGCAGGGGACGACUAGCGGAGAGCCUGGUCGUCGUGCCGUCCGAGAUGAAGCGGGAGGCGUCGCCAGUCCUCACGAAUGGGCACGCACAUCCUGUGAAAGCCAGCCCCGCCGUAGAAGAUCUCUCCGCCUCUGCGCCAGCACUACUGAACCUCACCUCUUCACCGUCAUCUUCCGCAUCGACAAGUCCCACAACACUACCGUCUCCCUCAGAACCGACGAUAGUUGCGCCCCAACCGCAGCUCGCCUCACCGAAGCCCGUGGAUUUGAAGGCAUAA